CGACAAUCGACAUAGAAGUUAGAACGGGAUUAAAAAGCUUUUUGGUUAAAACAUUGAAGAAAAUAAACGUUUUAAUAAAUUGAUAAAAUUGUUGAUUAUACAUAUUAAAGCAACAUUAUCGAAAUAAAACCAAUACAGUACAGAACUAACUAGCACAAUGGCAGUAAAUGUGUAUUCAACCAAUGUUACAUCGGAAAAUUUAUCGCGUCAUGAUAUGUUGGCGUGGGUGAAUGAUGCUCUGCAGUCGAAUUUUUGCAAAAUCGAGGAACUUUGUACUGGGGCUGCAUAUUGCCAAUUUAUGGAUAUGUUAUUUCCUGGCAGUGUACCCAUGAAACGCAUUAAGUUUAAGACUAACUUAGAACACGAAUAUAUACAGAACUUUAAAAUAUUGCAAGCAGCUUUCAAAAAAAUGUCUGUUGACAAGAUAGUACCCAUUGACAGACUGGUGAAGGGUCGAUUCCAAGAUAACUUUGAGUUCUUGCAAUGGUUCAAGAAAUUUUACGAUGCCAACUACAGUGGCUCGCCAUAUGACGCGAUGGCGCAGCGUGAAGGGCUGCCAAUGGGGCACGGAUCGGCGGGCGCGGCGCCCCGACAGAUGCCGUCUGUAAAGAAGCCGGCUGCGCCCAUUGCUAAAGUCGCCGCUAGACCCCAAUCCAUUGUGAAAGCGAACAACACUGCAAUCCGAUCGCCUCCAUCCAAUUUAAGGCUAAAUCAAAAUGCAAAGGGUGACUCCAGGGUUAUUGAAGAACUCAAUCUUCAGGUAAAUGAGCUGAAAGCAUCAUUGGAAGGUCUUGAGAAAGAGCGAGAUUUUUACUUUGGUAAACUGAGGGAAGUUGAAUUAAUUUGUCAAGAAAUGGGAGGACAGCCCAAUGUUGACCUUGUAAAACAAAUUUUGGAGAUUUUAUAUGCAACUGAGGACGGAUUUGCACCCCCCGAGGAUAUGGAUGGUGACAACCCUCACCCACCAGAAGAGGAUGAGUAUUGAAGGGGAAGUUCAUCCGUGCUCACUGUACAUUAAAUAUAUCAAAAUUUAAUAGCUUUCUAUCAACAGCACUCUGUGCUUAGUGUUUCACAGCCAAUAAGUCGUAAUCCUUAGACUUUGCAAAUUGAUUUGUUACAUUUAUGUAGGUGUAAAGGAUUUAAAUAAUUAAGAACCUAAUUAAUGAAACUUAGAUUUAUUUCUGUUUUUACUAAACUGGAUCAGCCUUUGCAUAAUAACUUAAGCACAAUUUCACAAUUAACAAGUGUUUAGUUAAACAGAAAAAUAAGUUUUAUAUAAUAAUAAGCUACCUGCAAAGAGUUAAUUGCAGGAGUAAUGGCGCAGUUUCCACUUUGAAUCAUAUGCAAAGUCAACAAAAUAGUUUGAUUAAAAUAGCUGUCAACUCAACCGUUACCAAAUUUUUUGACCUUGAAGCUUGAACUUGAGAAUCUAGGUACUACAGUUUCUUGAACCUUAUUUAGGCGUCAGUUUAAUUAUAUUCGUAUAAUUUUAAUUAUAAAUAAGAGUUUCAAGAUAACAGCACUCCGUGAGAAUUAGGACUGAGAACUGAAUAUAAUUUAUUCCUUCUAACUGGUUUUUAAUUGAUACAUAAUAUAAAUGUAACAUUUCACAAGCAAAUAUAUUAUAUUAGAAUAAUGGUAAAGCAGUGGCCCAAAAUGGCUAAUAUAGUUCCUAUUCUCAAUUUCUUGAAUGCCUACUCAAUACAAAUCGUUGAAAAUUCAAUAAUCUAUAAUAUUGUUAUGGCUGUGGUAACUAAGUGCGGUAAUAUUGAGCCUGUUUUUUUUAUGACGUCACCCUCUAGGUCUUAGCUUUCGCGUAUAUACUGACAAUUGGAUAUCUAAUGCCGUUGCUGUAGUAUAGAAAAUUGUCUACAGUAUUUAAAUAACUUUGUAAAUACUCAUCAUGUAGAAGUGAAAUUAUUUUUUAAAUCAUAUUUACUAUCUAAUUUUUGAAUGCAAUUGUUGUGUACCCUCAUUUCCUACAUUAUACAAAUAAGCUGAGCUCGACAAAUUUAGACCUGAACAAGUUGUGUUAUAAGUAAAUACUUGUCAUAAUUAAAACAAUUUGGUAAGUGCAAUGAGGUUUUUUAUAACUACCGUUCAAUUUGAACUAAAAUUAAUCACCUGUGGAAGGAUUUGAUAUGGUGUACAUGACUGGUAUUCAUUUUUGGGCCACUGGCUGUAAAAACGUGCAUUUAAUAGGUUGUUAUGAUAUGGAAGAGAUUUAAUGUUAAUUGUUACAUUGGUUCGGCUGAAUGUACUUGGUAACUUCAUAAAUUAAUAUGUAUUUUAUUGGGAUUUAUUAAUCGGUCUUUUCAAAUAAAACUUCUAUCGGAAGCUUAUAAGACGGAAUUAUGUUUAUUAAACAAUUAUAUAUGUUUAUUGUAUCCCAUUAAAAUAAGAACGGAAAAUACAUGCAACUAUUUUAAUAAUUUGGAUAUUGAUUAAUGAAAAAAAUUGAUCUAGAUCUGAAUAAUUAGAAUUGAGAUUGACGUAUUAAUUGAAUGUUGUGAUGGAAUUAAUAAUCGAAAUUAGUUUAUAAAGUUGUAGGGCCUUAUUUAUCACAUAGACGUCUGAAGUUUACGCCAAGAUUAACAAUAAAAUUAUAAUUUUAGUUGUGAUGUUUACAACAUAUAAUACCAAACGACUUGUUGGCGAGUUAUUUUGCAUAUGACAACUUUUUAAAAUAUUAAUUUGUAUUACUGUAUGCCAACCGGGACUUGACAUUGUGAAUUCCUUAAAAAUAAAAUUACUUCAUUUAAAUAA